CUGUAUUUUCAUUAACUAACAUUAACAAAAAUUAAUAACUAGUGUAAUAAAUGCAUUGUUCAUUGUUUGUUCAUGUUAGUUAAUGCAUUAACUAAUGUUAAAAAAUGACACCUUAUUGUAAAGUGUUACCAAAUAACAAUAAAGGGGAAUAAUUAAGAUGAAUUAAAAUGUGAUUUUUAUUUGAGAAAAACUGCAGCUGUUUCUGUGGAGUUCAGCAGGUGUAAAUUGUGUCUCAUUAGUGAGCGAUUUGAAUCACUCUACAUAGACAGCAACUCAUAUAAUUAGAAACUUGAUUUACUAUUGAUUUCAUUAAAAAACUCUGUGAAAUGGUCCAUUUUUAAUAUAUUUAUACUUGACUUUUUUAUUGCUUUCAUUACCUUUUAAAAACUAAUUCUUAAAUAUUAUUAUUUUAUUUUUAUUGGCAUUGUAUACAUGUUUUAGGAAUUUUAAUUAACUUUAAAUAUCCACUUAAUAUUGGAAAAAUACACUAAUUUUUUUUUCCUUUAAACUGUGAAUUUGACAUGUACAAGACAAAAUCGUACUCUUUCAUUAGCAGUUCUUAAUAUUUUUAACACAUCAAUGGACAACACAUAUCACCAGUAAUUCAAGUCUUUUAUCAGCGCGCGAACAGGACUUUUAUUUUGGUCUGGCGAUGUGACGUCAUAAGCCUACGUCGCGCUCCUGCAUCGGAGCUGCAGAAAGGACAAAGUGUCCAAACACACAGAAAAACUCCUGCUGAAGCGACUGAGAUAUGUGACUCGCUAUUAUAAAGAUGGUGUUUAUUAAAGAGGAGAGUGAAGACAUGAAGAUCGAAGAAUCAUUCAGAGUCAAACAUGAAGAUACUGAGGAACAAACAGACCAGAUGGUGCUGAAAGAGGAGAAUCAAGAACUGAAUGAAACAGAAGAGAAAGAUCAUGACUUUAUGACCUCUCAAAAAAGUGCUCCAGAGACUGGAACUAGAGGUAGUUUCACCUGCCAGCAGUGUGGAAGGUGUUACAAUCAGAAAGGAAACCUUAAAGUUCACAUGAGAAUUCACACUGGAGAGAAGCCUUACACCUGCCAACAGUGUGGAAGAAGUUUCUCACGAAAAGAAAGUCUUAAGUCUCAUAUUAGAAUUCACACUGGAGAGAAACCGUACACAUGUGAUAAGUGUGGAAAGAGUUUCUCACACAAAGGACCUCUUCAUUCUCACAUGAUUGUUCACGCUGGAGAGAAACCUUACACCUGCAAACUGUGUGGAAAAAUGCUUAAUCGAAAAGGAAAUCUGAAGACUCACAUGAGAACUCACACUGGAGAGAGGCCGUUCACAUGUGAUCAGUGUGGAAAGAGUUUCACACGUAAAGAAAGCCUUAAUUACCACAUGGGGAUUCACUUAAGAGAGAACAGUUUUAUGUGCCAUCACUGUGGAGUAAGCUGCACAAACAAAGCAAACCUCAAGACUCACAUGAGAGUUCACACUGGAGAGAAGUCUUACACGUGUCUUCAGUGUGAGAAGAGUUUCAAAUAUCAAAAAGAUCUGAAAAGGCAUUUACAAACUCAUUCUGCCAAGAAACUGCAGUGUUCUGAGUGUGGCAAGAGGUUUAGAAAAAGGAGCAAUUUCAAAAAUCACCUUUGCCUUCAAUGUGGUGAAAGUAGGGUAGCCGUUGAUCCUUGAAAAGCCUGCAAAAGCAUACUAUAGGUCCAUAAAAAGUCUCAAAUAAAUAACAUACAUAAAUAGUCUUAAAACCCUUUGGCAGAAGUUUCAAUUUUUUUGGAGCCCAAACAGAAGAGACACUUGAAAGGGCAAACAUAUUUUUGAUUAGCAGCAGAUUGUCAUGGUCACUUACUUACAAGCUAGCAGAGUUGCUAGAUUUGGGGAAUGCUUAGGUGGACAAGAAGUAAUUGUGAAAUGUAAAUUUUGUGGUAAUUGACUUGAAAGUAUUACAUUUUUCCUGUCUCUGAGCUUGAGGAAACUUUGACAUGUAGAUGAGACAAAACUGCCUUAUGUACUUCUGCUAUUGACCAGGGCUGCG